CAUUCGCAGAUUGCAAAAUUGCAAUGGAGGAUGCGUCCAACCUAACCGAUAGAAUCAGUGAAUUGCCACAUGACAUUCUUGGUGGUACCAUAUCAUCUUUGUUGCCUCUGAAGGAAGCUGCAGCUACUAGUAUUCUUUCUAAGCGAUGGCGUUAUGAAAGGUGCUUUACUACAAAUCUCUAUUUUGAUAGUGAUGAUACUUUGAACGACUUCCGUGCCCUCAAACGGGAAUUUAAAAAUCAAAAAAGUUGUAGAUACGUCAAUUGGGUCGAGCAUGUCAUGUACUUGAUAGAAAAUGUUGUUGCACUCGAGAAACUUGUUAUUGAUCCUGUAAGGCGUUGGUGUCGUCAUCCGACCGGUUACAAUCGGAAAAUUAAAGAUAUCAAGGAGGAAGAAGAGGCGAGGGAUCAUGCUAUGCACCAACUUAAACAGAUGGUUCCGUCAACUGUACAAUUUGUAUGCCUCUAGUCAGGGCAGCUAGCUCAACACGGAACCUAUACUUUUUCAUUUCCCUGUUCUAAUUAUGCGUUUGGGGUAAAUACUUUUGGAGUUUUUGGUUUAUUUAUAAUUGUUAUACCUUUUGAAUAU